AGGCGACAUCAAUAUUUGAACUCUCGGGUUUAAUCCGAUUCGCCUUGGCCCCGCACACUGCCUCAGCCCCUUCUCGAGAAGGCAUCGCGAGGCGUUCCUUAGCCCGUGCGCGCCUCGCGGAGGGACCCGCAGAUGUUCUUAAAAAGCCUCUUGCAGUCUCGACCGAAGUCGUGUCGGAGUGGUUAAGACUGGAUCUCCUCAGUUUCUCAGUUUCGGUGACCUCGCGACUAUGCCAAGCUCGACCACUCAAUUUCACGGCCGACGAGGACAAAAUGUCGAAGAUACCUCCGGACUCACCAAUGCUCAUUCGGAUCUGGAGAAGCAAUUACUCCAUUCUCCUGCGUUCCGGCCUCGUCAGCUGAAGCCCCGGGCCUACGAUCACCUUAGCGAGGAACCCCCUACCGUCGAUGCGUGCUUCAGUCAUCUUAGACUCCUUGAAGCAUUCGUUAUUCUGCGUGAUGAAGUGAGGGGAUUGGCUUGGUCUUGUCACGCUGACCAAGACGCGGGGUGGGAGGCGUUUGUUCGCCUAGCCGCUUCGCGAUUUAAUCGCUGGUUUGCCACAGCAGGCGAUACCGUGAUGCAGACCUCGCUUCCCCCUCUCGACGUACUGAUGGUUUGGCAUUCAUUCAUGCUGAGACCCCAUUCUUAUGCCGACUUUUGCAAGACCGCACGCCCUGACGGAGCUGGCGUACAUGGCAUCCCGUGGUCAUUAGUGCACGAGGCUAUUUCUGUUGACUCGGGAAAGUUUGUCCUUUCAAAGUCGCAAACUAAACAUGCAGCCCUUUCCAAUCUCCCUGCCGACCUUCUCGAGCCCCUCAAGCGCGAGGAUAAAACGGGUAUCGACAUCAUGGACCUCAUGGCAGCCGAAUAUCGACGUAACGAGGCGAGAAACAGUGGACUUCCGACCGGAUUCGCGCCUCCUCUUGACCUAGCAGCCGCCGUGCACCGCCAGAUGGGCUUCGCGCUAAAGAUGACACGGUUUGGUUGGGCCCAUAGCCCACAUUCGGAUUCGAUCCUCCAACGCGCAGUAGCCCGAUAUAGAAAGUUCCUUUCUCUCUUCGCCGUUACUGGUCAUGCAAUCGUGCCUACGGUCGACAUAGAUCUGGUCUGGCAUACGCAUCAACUCUCGCCAGCAUGCUACGCCCUGUUCUCUCAUGCGGUCACCAUGGGCCGUUUCAUCAAUCACAACGACAGCAUUGAGCAAGGGGCGAUUCAGACCGCGUUUGAAAGCACCAAGCGUCUGUACUACGACCUCUUUGGCGAGGACUACUCCAUCUGCAAUAGCUGGUUCUGCGAGGCAACUCGUUUCGACCGAAAUGGAGUACUCGCAGACACAGACUUGACCGCUCUUCAAAGCAUCGUCACUCGAUUGAACCGCCGGACCCGUCAGCUGGAGCGCUCGGUUGUACUAGAUUUGGCAGUGUGCCGGUGCUACGAGACCGACACAAGUAGCUCGCGCUGGGGGCAUGAACAAGAACUCGCUAGUUGCGGCGACUGUGGCAGUCACUGUAGCGGUUCGUAAAUUGGUAUAGUUGGGCGCAUGUAUGCUUGUUAGCCAUAGAGGUUGCAGUGGGAUAGAUGACGGUCAAUAUGCCACGUUCGGAACCAUGCAUGAGGAACGGGGAGAAACCGAUAAUGCCUUUAGUCUUCUUUGUCAAUAAACCUCUACCGCCUGCUGUGCUGCUGUGAAA